AAUAGCGCGAGGCUGGUGAUUGGUGAAUGUCGCCGUUUGCACCCUGGGCUCAGAAGUCAGAAUUGAACAAAACAUUUUGCUAAUAACAUUUGAAAUUAUUUGGUGUUUACCUAAUUUGGUUCAGAACUGGAACUGACAUUAUGGGGUUGGACGAUUGGGUUGUAAGGCUUACGCGCCCUAUUCCAACAACAACAACAACAACAAUGACAACAUUGUGAUGGCACUGUCAGAGGUGUUCACCUGGCAGCGUACCAGCAGUGCACUGGAUGCGCUGGAAGCACUGCUGCGCUGCAGUGGCUGCGGCGUCAUCGCCACAGAGCCACGCCGCUACGGCCGCUGCGCGCACGUGUUCUGCGGCCCAUGCGCCGACAUCAGCAGCACGUGCACCUCGUGCGCGGUGCCGUCGGAGGCUCGUGAGCAGCGCACGGACACCACACUGAGCGCGAUGGCCGCCGGCUGCGCUGAGCUGCGGCAGCUACUGGGUCUCGGUGGAACUCAGACAGCACCGCCGCACGGUUCCACGGCGCCGCGGCACGAUUCCACAGCGCCGGUCGAACGAAGAGAGCGGAGUCCGAGGAAGAAGGCAGAGCGAGGCGGUGGUGAUGGAAGACAGAAGGAAGAGGUGAAGGAGAAGGAAGGUGGGAACAAAGCCAGACAAAAGAAGGAGUCACAGAAGAAAGAUGACGGAGACGUCGCCGGGAAUACGGAAAAGGAGAGAAAGUCAGAAGGAAAAGGCACUAAGACGAAACAGAACGUGGAGAAGCCCAGCGAUAAGCCAGCCGAGGACCCUGGCUCGUCCAAGAAGCCGCGCGCUCCACCGUCGGGCCAGUCCGGGACGGGCGGCCGGCGCACGCAGUCCUCGGGCUCCUCACUGGUCUCCAGCGCGGGCCUCACCAAGCGGAACGCCAAGGGAGAGACGCGUCUGCACGCCGCCUGCGUGCGCGGUGACCUGGAGCGGGUCAGCGACCUGCUGGCGGCCGGCGCCUCGCCCAACACCCAGGACAACGCCGGCUGGACGCCGCUGCACGAGGCGUGCGAGGCCGGCCGGCUGGAGCUGGCGGCCGCGCUGCUCGAGGCCGGCGCGCUGCCCGACCCGCCCGGUCUGCAGCUGCGCACGCCGCUGCACGAGGCGGUGGCCGCCGGCCGCGCCGAGCUGGCCGCCCUGCUGGUCGGUCGCGGCGCCGACCCUGAUGCCCGCUGUCUGUACGGCACCACGCCGCGCCAGCUGGCGGCCGGACGCGCGGAGAUGGAGGCGGCUCUGGAUACACCACGACAGACGCCGUCUACCAGCCAGACGGAGCCCUCAGCUGACGGAGCCGUCGUUCUCGCCGCAACCGAGCUGUCCACUUCCGCCGUCGGCGCGCUAAAGAAGACGGCCACUCGGCUCGGCUGGAAGUUUGCCGCCACUGUCACAGAUGCCACCACGCACCUGGUGUGUGCCGAGCGGCCGCCGGGCCUGAGCGUGCCGCGGCUGCGCGCGCUGCUCGCCGGGGCCUGGCUGGUGACCGCCGACUGGACAGACGCCUGCGCGGAGGCCGGGCAUACGCUGCCGGCCGAGCCGUGGCACGUGGCCGGGGAGGCGGGCAGCCGUGCGUGCCGCCGCCGCCAGCGUCUGCAGCCGCCGCUGCUCACCGGGCUGCACGUCUACCUGCAGGGCGCCUUCAAGCAGCUGCCCCGCGCCGAGCUGACCUCGCUGAUCCAGCUGGCGGGAGGUCACGUGCUCAGCCGGCCGCCCAAUCCAGAGGCGAUACCGCCAGCAGAGAAGACGGUACCCUAUCACGCGGCUGAGGGGUCGCCGCUGCGUAAUACCUCACAUCUGGUAAUAUUCGAGGAGCCACCGGCUAUCCAGUACGACAUGGCGCACGUCAAGAGCCUGCCGCUCGCCUGGCUGCUGCUGUCCCUCGAAACGCACACGCUGGCGGAUCCGAUCCGGUAGGUGGCAGGGCGAUUGGCUCGCCAGAUGUCGCUGUGGUCCCUCUCUGUGCGCUAGUGCAGCAUGUCGAACUGUGCGUGUGUGACUCGGACAGACAAGUGCAUGUUGGAAGUGUGAACGUGUAUGUACGACUCCAGACGAGGACUAAGAGCUGUGCUGGUUAGUGGGUUCUGUGGAACCUGACUCGACUGUGCGGUGUAUCGAGUCUCUGUGUGUAUGGCUAUGAUAAGGCAGGUCAUUCUGGUCUUCUAACAUAAGUCUGGAGCGGCCAUUAAUUGGCAUGGUGCGGCUGAAUAAGUAGACUGAAGAUAGCACUGGAUAUUUUUAAGGCGUAUGCUUCAGUAGAGUUCAACUUUCUUACUUAUACGGCCAAGUUUAUAGGUUAAGAGUAAAAAAGUCACGGAAAGUAACGCCCUUCUGAAAGGGCGUUUAGACCUUAGUAUUGUUGCUACUUUGCUUAUAUUCGCUAAUUAAAUAUAGUUUUAAGUCCCGAAAAACAUGUAGCUUGGGUAAGGUGGAUGCCUAUGAACACGUCUGAACUCAAGUAAAUAGUUAUUUCAUCGGGAACCGAUAGAAAAGGUGACAGGGGACGCGUCACAUUUAUUUUAAGUUUACCGCCUGCUUGCCUGUAACUAAGGCGAACAAUGUAUUAGGAUUCCGCGUGUGCUGUUUUCUAUAAAAGAAUAGAUUAUGCUACCGUUCUGAA